GGAGAACGACAAGUCAAUACAUCCCCACCCAUAUAUAUAUAUAUAUAUAUACAUAUACAGGCUAGCUCACCGCUGCCUCUCAGCUACUGCCUGCUAUUCAUUCCUGUCACCCAGUACGGAGAGGAGAAACAUAAGGUCCUGCAUAUAUAUGUGGACUGCUGCAUCAUAGUGAGAUCUGAGUGACAUCAUGAACAAGCUUCUGGUCAUCACUGUGCUCGUCACUCUUCUGGGCCUCAGUGCUCAGGGCCUCCGUCUGCCUAGGCAAGCUGAGGAGGGUACGCCUGAGGAACCGGUCGCUGCUGUUGCCGAGGCAGAUGGAACGCAUGGAACCCUGGAAAAGUUGACCAGCGCCGUCAAGAGCUACUACGAAACAUCCAUCAGCACCGCCUCUAGCUGGCUGGACAGCAUCAAGGGCCUGAAGCUGGAGGAGAAGGCCAAGAAUGCCUUUGUUGAUACCAGCAUGGUGGUGAGGACCUACUCCGGCAUCCUGCAGGACCAGGUCUACCACAUCUUAUACCAACAGUAAAGACCCUUCCUUGUUUCCUCUGUGUCCCCAAUGUACUCAAAAUGUCUUGGCGAGGAGAGCGUCGCAGCUGUGGGCCCCUACUCUCUCAUCCUGGAGCCUUUGAUCAGCUUCACCAGACCUCCAACCCUCGGUGACGUCCCCCUGGAGUCUGUGUAGAUUGAAAUACAGUAUUAUUUAAUGUCAACAUUUUACAUUUUAGUCAUUUAGCAGAUGCUCUUAUCCAGAGCGACUUACAAUUAGUGCAUUCAUCAUAAGAUAGCUAGGUGAGACAACCACAUAUCACAGUUGUAGCAAGUACAAUAAAGUAGCUAUCAGCAAAGUCAGUGCUAGUAGGAAAAUCCUUCUUUAAAUGUUUUUUUUAUGUCAACGUAUCUUUAAAUAAAAACAUACGUUUGUAGAAAACCA